AUGGAGCCACAGCCGCCGCAAAUCUGGACACUAGUUCCCGCUGGCCGCUUUCCUAUGGAUCAAAACCAAGCAGAAAACGCCAUUAUUGAGGUUGAGGAUGACGUUGACUCCUCUUAUGGAGAUGAUAGCGAUACUUCAUCCAUAACCACCUCACUCUAUUCACUGAUCACCAGCCAUGUGUAUGAGAAUGGAAGGAGAUACAAUAGCUACAGAUUUGGCACAUACUGGGGCCCAAAUGAUGAGCAGGCGUCCGAUAAUCUUGAUCUCUUCCACCACGUAUUUAACCUUACAUUUGGAGGGAGGUCAUUUCUCGCGCCCAUAGAUAGCAAUCCCCAACGUGUCCUUGACCUAGGUACUGGAACUGGUAUCUGGGCGAUUGACUUUGCGGACGAAUUCCCGUCAGCGUCUGUCAUCGCAACGGAUGUGUCUCCAAUUCAACCGACAUUGGUGCCGCCCAACCUCGAAUUCCAAAUUGAUGAUUUUUGUGAGCCUUGGACAUUCAAGAAGGGCAGCUUUGACUACAUACACGCAAGAUCAAUAUAUGGCUGCAGCUCUGAUUACCCCGCGCUUUAUGAAGAAACCCUCGCUCACUUGAAGCCAGGUGGCUGGUUUGAACAAGCGGAGAUCAGCGUUGUAGCACAGUCUGACGAUGAAUCAAUCAAAGGAACGGCCAUCGAUCAUUGGGGUCCGCUAGCACUCAAAGUGGGCGAAAAAUUUGGCAAAUCCUUUCGUAUCGCUGAAGAAAUGACAGAUUUAAUCAAGGCCGCCGGUUUUGUCAAUGUCACUAAACACACUUUCCAGUGGCCCAUUGGCACUUGGCCGAAAGACCGAAAAUUAAAAGAGAUAGGUGCUUAUAAUAAACUAGGCUGGGAAGAAGGGUUAGAUGGAUGGGCGAAGUUUCUUUUCACCAAAUUUCUCGGGGUCAGUUCUCAUCGCAACGCAGAGCUGAUUUGGUCUCGCAUCGCUUAA